UAAAACAAACGCAGAAAAUCUUUUCGGUAGGACGCACAUCGUCUGCGGAUUAUAAAAUGAGAAUAAAAUACUUGCUAAUAGUAUGUAUGUACUUUGUUGGGUCUUUGGCGUACAAGCCUGUUGUGAUACUCCAUGGCAUAUUAUCGGGAGCUGAAUCUAUGACUGUUUUGGUGCGACAUAUUGAGAAAUUGCAUCCGGGUACAGUCGUAUACAAUUGCGAUAAGUUCAGCGGGUGGUACAGCCUGGAGAAUGCCUGGCGGCAAGUCCAACAAAUAAAAGAUUACAUAGAUCAAAUUGGAAAACUGCACCCGGAAGGCAUAAUUGUAUUAGGCUACUCUCAAGGCGGGCUCUUGGCGAGGGCGGCGAUUCAAAGCUUACCCGACCACAAUGUAAAAACCUUUAUAUCGCUAUCAUCACCUCAAGCUGGACAAUAUGGAACAAGUUUCUUGCACUUAAUUUUCCCGGAUCUUGCGGCAAAGACAGCAUUUGAGCUAUUCUACUCGCGGGUGGGGCAACACACAUCUGUAGGCGGCUACUGGAAUGACCCACAUAAGCAAGACCUAUAUAUGAAAUAUAGUGAAUUCUUACCCUUGAUAAACAAUGAGAAGCUGAGCUCCAAUUCAACUUCGUUCAAAAUGGGAAUGGUACGGCUGAAUAAGCUUGUCCUAAUCGGAGGACCAAACGAUGAUGUUAUUACACCAUGGGAAUCUAGUCAUUUUAGUUACUUCAAUGAAUCAUUGAAUGUGAUUCCGUUUUAUAAACGGGAAAUCUACAUGAAUGACUCAAUCGGAUUGAAGACCUUACUGGAAGCUAAUAAACUAAUUAUUAUUGUUAAGCCAUUCGUACAUCACCUUUCGUGGCAUUUGAACAAAGGAGUUAUCAAUGAAGUUAUAAUGCCAUAUUUGGAUUAAACAAAUUCAAUUUUAAGCGAGUAGAAGCAGGCUGUGAUUCGAAAGGAGUGGAAUAGAAUGGGUAAACAUUUUAUUUUGAACUGAUUUAAGUAAGAGUAA